AACAGCUCAGAGGAAACGACUGUCAGCAAAUAUAGGUUAGCUUUCUUGUUACACAGACGGAAACAUGGUGUCCGCUGCGAUUCUCUUUCUUUUAACGGUGGGCUCUGUGUGUGGACAAGCUGCAGCAGGAAAAAAACUAGUUUAUGUCACCGUGCUGUUUCGUCAUGGUGACCGGUCACCAGUUAAAGCCUAUCCUACUGACCCACACCAAGAGAGUGACUGGCCACAAGGCUUUGGACAGUUAUCCCAGGAGGGGAUGAGGCAGCACUUUGAACUGGGCCAGUUUCUGAGGAAUCGCUACAAAGGAUUCCUCAACGAAUCCUACGACAGACAUGAGAUCUCGGUUCGCAGCACAGACUACGAUCGCACCCUCAUGAGCGCCGAGGCCAACCUGGCAGGUCUCUACCCCCCCAGUGGUCAGCAGGUCUUCAAAUCCAACCUGAGGUGGCAGCCAAUACCUGUCCACACUGUGCCACAAAGUGAAGAGAGGCUUCUGUCGUUUCCUCUGGCAGACUGUCCUCGCUACAAACAGCUGAUGAACGACACCGAACACACAGAGGAGUUUCUUAACGUCACCACUACGUACCAGGACAUCAUACAGCUGGUGAGGACUAAAACAGGGCUGAAUAAGACCAAUGUGGAAUCAGUCUGGAGUGUGUACGACACACUCUUCUGUGAGUCCCGUCACAACAUGUCAGCUCCUAACUGGGUGACUCCUGGUGUGAUGGAAAAGCUCCGAGUGCUCAAAGACUUUGGAUUUCAGGUUUUAUUUGGGGUCUACAAACAACAAGAAAAGAGCCGGCUGCAGGGAGGUAUCCUGUUGGGUGAAAUAGUGAAGAAUCUUUCCAAGAUGGCCGUCCCAGACCCCACACAGCGGCUCAAAAUGAUGAUGCUGUCAGCGCAUGACACCACUGUAGCUGCUCUUCAGGCCAGCUUGAAUGUGUUCAAUGGAAGACAGCCGCCAUACGCCUCCUGUCAAAUAUUUGAGCUGUACAGGGAUGACAGCGGCCCUGUUUCAGUGUCCAUGUUUUACCGGAAUGACAGCACGGUGGAUCCGUACCCGCAGCAGUUACCUGGCUGCUCCGUCGACUGCCCCCUGGACGACUUUGUGAGAAUCACAAAGCUCUCUAUUUCAGACGACCGGGACGCAGAGUGUCAGUUGCCUUCUGAAGGAAGAGGUAAAGAGGUGAUCAUCAGUCUGGUGGUGUCCGGCUGUCUGCUGCUUCUCCUCAUCAUCCUCCUCCUCGGGGUUAUUUGUUGGCAAAAAGAGCCAAUCACUAACCUGGGAUACCACCAUGUGAUCAACCAAGAGGUCGGAGAGGAAUCCUGACAGAAGCACAUGCUCCUCCCUCGGAGGUCUCCAAACCUGCCAUCGUGGGACAGCAGCGAUGAGGACGAGCUCUAAAACUCUAAAACUCCUGCGUGACCUUUCCAGUGGCGUCAUCAGCUCUGGUUCAGGACCCACAAUGAUUUUUGUUUUUUGUUUUUUUUAAAUUGACGAAACAUUUCAAAUUAAGAUUUUAUAGAUUUUAAAAAAUACUCCAGGGACCAAGACAACGCAGCAGGGAAAACCUUUUUUUUUAAUCUUAACAGUUUGUCAUGUAGAGUAACAGCUGUGUUCCCACAUGGUUUCACGUCCAAUCAGACACUUAGGUUCAAGAUUUCAACAAAUACGACCCAGAUUCCUGUUUGGAAAGACACAGUGUUCAUCGCUCAGUCUGGGAGUUUUAACCCGUGCGGUUUGGGACGCGAACGACCGCAGGAAGUGCUUAGAAACGUUCUGAUUUUUAAUAACGUGAUAAUGACCUGAAGUUCUUGGUACUGUCAUUGCAAAUGUUCUCCCAGCAGGUCUUUUUUUUAUUUUUCUGAGCUCCUGAUUACAAAAGAGCUAAACUGUUGACUUAAUUACAGCUUGAUUAGUUAAAGAUGAUCAACUCAAGUCCAGGAUGUUUGCAAUACUGGUCUGAUUCUGCUGGUUUUUAAUGGGCAGGAUUAUAUUUGUUUUGUAUGUGUGUGCAAUCGCAAAUUUAUGAGGAAUGUCUAUGUGUGUUGAUUUAUGUGUGCACAGAUGUACUCGUGAACUCUGCGGAUCAGUGUGUUGUGGUUUGUGAACUGUGUGUGUGUGUGUUUUCUCUAAGGCCUAAUGACCCAGAUGCCUUAAAUGUUUUUAAUAACUGCUUGUUUUUUUUGGUUUUUGUUCUUCUAACACUUUUUGUAGGAUACCAAGUUUAGUCAUUUGAACUUCUUCAGGUGCAUUUGAUUUUUUUUUUCAGAGGAGCAGCAGGGUGGUGUGGAUCAUUGAGAAACCAGAGAGCACCCACUCCCAAGUGUCCUUUAGCAAGACACUAAAACAUCAGCUCGGAGGUGGCUUAGCUGAGCCUGACCUUUGACCUCUUAGAAGAGGGGAACCGAGCAAAAUAGAUGAGAAUCUGAUCAGUUCAACGAUGCUCUAUUUCACCUUCAGUCAGGUAUCAUUUCACUUUUAUUCCUUCUUAAACAGAAUCCGACUGUUUUCACUUUUUAAAUGGCGAAAGUCUCGAAAACUUUGGAAACAAUUUACACGUGUGCGUUUUUGAAUCUCUGCCUUUUUAAAAAGUCGGCGUUCAAUUGUUUGACAAAUAAAAAGCGGUCACGUCUUCUGAACGAGGCGUCUCGUAAACGCAGAACAGAUUGAAUCCUGUCAGCGUGCUUUGUACAACCUUCAGCUGUUUUUCUUUAGUUUGUUUGCAUUUGGUCUUUGAUUAUGAAAAAGAAUAUAUACAUAUAUAUAUAUAUAAUACAGAUGAGUAUAAAUCCUAAUGCAGCAGUGCAGGGACCUCAUUUUUCAGGAUCCAGAUUCUGGAUUGUAAAUUCAUUUGCACAUUGUUGAAAUCAUCGUCUUCACUCACAUCAUUAUUGUUUGCAAGAAAAUUUAAAACACUUGUCUCCGUUGCAGCAGCAUUAAACACAGCUGAGGUUAUUUGU